GCGUAUAUUGAGACAAAACUAUAGUUGGGAUUGUGAAUGUCUAAAGGUGGCGUAGCUAAAGCGGUGAGGAAGAGUGCUUCUUCUCAAAGUCAACAAAAGCAGCUCUUCGUGCCGGAGCCCGCACGAAAAGAGGAUUUAGCCUCAUUUACGCAGUCCGAAUCACCCCUCAGUAACACACAGGAAUCCGUGAGUGCCUCACAAACGCCUGCUCCAUUACGUAAACAUACUCUAUCCCAGUCUACGUCAAUCAAAAGUAUGGUUGGCACUCACGCAGAGGGGAACCGAGAGUAUGAAAGGGUUGUCACUGUGGCAGGAGAGGCCCCCGCAGGCCGCAGUGUUCGUUGUUCCAGUAGCGGCAUGGAAAGGCAUGCAGACACCGAUUUUCCCGUAGUAGUGGAGACCUGUGAGGGUAGUCCUCCGCAGGCCGCUGAUGUUACCGUCACGAGCACUGUAGGCGGCCCCCCCUCCCAAGCCAAGUCACUUCUACAGUUGAAGUCUAGCCACGGUGUAGCGCACCGAGAAAUAAGCCCCCAUUGCACCGAUGCCAAGGAAGAUUCCUGUGUUGAGGAGGGGCGGCGCGCACUCCAGGUAAUUCCCCUGCGCUGCAUCCCGCUUUACAAAAGGUUGGCAGAGUGCGGUGUGGGAGUUGACGAUCGCUCUUUCGCUGCAGUGGUGACGCAGCACGCGAUCGAAGCGAUGACGGGGUACUCAAAAAGACAAUGAAAACAUGUGGGUAAAAGACAUGUUUGGCUGGGUUAGAACUGAAUGAUGUGUUUGUUUUUUUUUGUGUGUGAAUUAACUAGGGGAGAUUGAGAGGGUGAUGAUAGUAAACAAACGAAAGCUGGAGAUAACAGACCCACUUUCCCUAGUCAUAUUGCGCGUGACUCCUGUAUUUGGGGUUUCUUUUGAUGCUUGUCCUUUUCCGCUUCAUUGCGCGAUAAAA